AUGCCGGCCCUCGCCGGCCCGGCGGCGUGGCUGCCCUCCGGGCUGGGCCUUGGCAGGAGCUCGCUUGGGGACCUGGAGGCCUCGCAGAAGCUGAUCCGCCACGCCAACGACUCUGCGUCGCACCACUUUGCGGAGGUCAAGAGGGCCAUGAAGGAGGUGAUCGAGGCCCGAAAGCAACUAGAAGCGGAUCUCGAACCAGUGCGGAGGAGCUUGACGCCCAUUUGCGAGGGGUACGUCAAGCAGCGCGAGCGCCUUCUGGUCGGCCGCGACGGCCGACCCGCGCUGAAGGACAUGUUCGCAGACAGGACAAAUAUGAAGAACGUGAGCAGCUCAACAGAGCCUAAGAUGGACACACUCAUAUGUAACAUGGAAACGCUCUCACAGUUGGUCGCUGACCAGUCGGUGGACAUGGGCACCAUCGAAGAGGCCUGCAAGGUCUCCAUUGAUCGAUGUGCUGCGCUUGCUGACCAGAUGACCCUGCUUAGCCGCGAGUACAGCACUUGCCAUCAAGAACUUCAAGCUUCGGUAUCUUCCUCGCUGAAUGCGCUCGACUACAGGAUGGGCAUUAUGGAGGACCAGACGUGCAAGCUCGUGCUCCUCGACUUCCCGCGGCGCAUGCUGGCGGGCGACCUCAAGAUCAUCGGCAACUCCUGCAUCUCCACCUUUGCGCCCGCCCGUGCGGCGGCCAAGAUCAUCGUCCAUGGCUUUGACAUGUCGAAGAAAGUCACUCUCCACUUUGAGACCGCGCUGGAGGCAUCAACGUUCCUGGACAAUUUCAACCGCACGAAUGGCUCCUGGAAUGUAGCUGACCCGCUGCACCCAGGCGCACAGUUCACACUUCGGCUGCGCCGCGGCCUUGACUUCCAGGGCCGCCAGCUGUUUUUAUCCUUCGGACGUGUCCGAUGCUAUUUGACGGAUCUCAUGCGGAACCGCGGAUGCGAGGUCGGGAGCUCUGGGCUGGGGGGAUGCGUCUACAUCCUCCGUGGCCCGCACGACCCAGUGCCUGCGGUCAACAUCUCAGUCUCCGACAGCGGAGCCGUCGAGACGGAGAUUGUCCGCGACGCACUUUUAGAACUGGGCAUCUCACAGCAUGCAGCCGCACUUGAGGAGGCAGCCCAGGCCUCUGCAGUUGCCCUUCGCGAUUAUUGGCGCGGCGUCUUUAAGGCCCCCUCUGUGGACGCCGCGCUCUGGCACGAAAUCAACCCGUUCAUCCAGCUGUCCACGGGGCUGUCGAGCCAGGAGCUCGACCUCAGCUGGCGGCGGCAGCCGUCCGCCGAGGCAGGCGCGGGGCCGUCCACGUCGCUAUCCGACACGCGGAGCGCCGGCAGCUCCCCCUGCGCCAGGCCGAACAAGGUGCAGCUGGACCAGCUUCAGAACGCGGCCGCGUCCAGCAGCAGGGACCCCCAGAAGGACUUCUACCUGGCGGUGGACGACAUGGACACGCACGGCCAUGGAGGAGAGAGGCCGCUUUCCGCAGCUUCCGCUGCGGCGUCUGGCUUCAUAAACUUCAUGCUGAUGUUCGGUCUCUGCUGCGCGUACGGCCUGAUCAUGUUCGAUGGCGAGACAGCGAUGAUGCACCAGGCGCUAGGCGUGAAGAUGAACCUUUGCACCGCUGCCUUUGUCGGCCUUCUGGUUGCAACGUUUUCCAGGAUACCGGUUGCCAUAGCAGGCCCAGACCUGAACCCUGUUGUAUUCCUCGGGUACUUCGUCAAGGCCAUGUCAAGCGAGAUCGGCAAGUCCUUGGGCAUGAGUUACCCUGGCGUGGACUCCGCCUGUGGGCGCAGACUGGAGGAGGGCGGCUCCUCGUCGUGCACCUCGGGCAAGCCAACCUUCUGCGGCGGUCAUGACGGCAACACCGCUGAGCAGUGCGACGCGUAUCAGCAGCAGCUUGCGACCACCACCAUAUUCGCUGUGGCAAUCUCUUCCAGCCUGCUCGGGCUCGCGUUUUUCCUCAUCGGGCGCUUCAAGCUAGCGCGCUACGCUAGCUUCGUGCCGACGGCGAUUUCGGAGGCAUUCCUGUCCUGUGUCGGGUAUAAGGUGUUUCUCUAUGCGUUGAAGUACAGCAACAACGACCCGAAACAGUUCAUCCCCGCGGCGUGUCUUGGUGUGCUGUUAUUUUUCGUGAAGGGUAUCUACGAUGGUAGCGAUGUCAAGCUGCAGUACAUCAAUUGGAAGGCAUGGGCCUCAACUGUGCCCGAUCUCUUGACCAUGUUGGUCGUGGUAUUGAUGGACUCAAUGCUCAAGGUCAAGAACACCGAGAACAAGAUGCCCAUCGUGCCGCAGGCAGACUACGAGGUGCAGCUCUUUGGAGGCUGCAACGCCCUGAUGGCCGCCUGCGGCGCCCCAGUGGGCUACAUGCAGCUCAAGUUCAAUGUGAUCAAUUAUGGCAUCAUAGGGAAUACCAAGGACCGCCGCUCUGGAGUCGUGUAUGCUAUGCUGUGUGCCGUUACGUUCUUCUGGACCAUCGAGCCGUUCAACUACAUGCCGCGCUGGUUCCUGAGCACGCUACUGUUCUUCGCUGGCGCCGGCUUCGUGGCGGAAAAUUUGUGGGGAUCCCGCAAGUUCUUGUCCCACGCCGAGUGGCUCGAGAUCCUGUUCAUCGUAGUUGUCUUCAUCGCCACCGACGCGCUUAUCUAUGCUGUCGUUGCCGGCUGCUUCAUCACAGCCGUAUCAUUCAUAUCAAAGUAUGCGAAGGUGCCGUGCAUCGCAGGACCGCCCGCUAGCGGGGGCGAGAUCGUGUCGUACGAGCGCAGAGGUCCCCUUGUGCAGCUUGGCAUGCAGCACAUCGCAGACAGCUGGUUCAUGGUGGUGCGCCUGAAAGGCUUCGUCUUCUUCGCCUCGGCCAAAUCAGUUGUUGCCGAGGUGAUGGCCAGACUCGACACGGUCUGCCGGCCCGCUCUGCCAGGCUACCAGCGCAUGCGCUGGGUCGUGUUCGAUUGCGAGAGGCUCGACGGAAUGGACGCCUCCGCUUCUGCAGUGUUCCGGAAGCUCGUUGUAGACGCGCAAUCAUGGGGCGCCACAUGUCUUUGGACGAAGGUGGGCGAGGCCACGAAGUCCGCGCUGGGUUUCCGCGGAAUCUUGGCGGACCACAAGAACCUGUUCGGCGGGCUGGACCAUGCGGUGCACUACAUAGAGAAAUGUAUUUUGCAGUACCGCCAGGAACAGCUCGACACAUGGCUGCGCGUGCAUCCUGGCCUGGCUCUCAGCUACGAACACACCUGCACGCUGGAUAGCUUCGAGCCUUUCCGCCAAGUCUUCGAGACGGAUGCAGAGCGCGAGGGCUUCCCAUGGAGGUAUUGUAGCAAAAUCUCGAUUGAGCGCUUCAAGACGGUGCUCUGGGAGCCUGGCAUCGAAGACGCGUGCCUCUUCCUAGUUCACUCUGGCAAGGUCGCCGUCUACCGCGAGCUUCCGGACGAAAACGAGGACAUCAGUGGCGACCUUGUGAUGCCCAUGGCGGUGUACGGGCACGGGUGGUUCCUGAACCGCGAGUUUUUGACGCACGCCCCGCCGCGCAUGCACGCGGUCGCCAUCGAGGACGGUGAAGCAUUGUGUUGGUCCCAGGCCCAGUGGGUCAAGAUGUCCCGCGAGAGGCCGCUGAUGGCCGCGGCGAUCGUGAAGGCGGCCAUGCGGCAGCAGAGCCGCGACCUCGACUACUCCUCGCACGCCGCCAGCUUCGUGCUCGCGGAUGGGCAGCUCGCGCCCCCGGCCCUGGACGGCGCUGCCCUGGGGACGCAGCCGAUGAGGUUCUGGCAGUGCCGAAGUCAAGGGAGGGAAGACCACCCUGACCCCCAUACCUGGCGGUUGCUAAACGGCCCUCGGCGUUUACCAAACAGCCCUGCCCAAAUCGCUUGCCCUUGGGGUGCGUCUACGGAGCGGCUUUGCUUGUCGGGGUUCUUCUGAUGAAGAUGGUGCUGCUGCUCUCUAAGAAGGGGGGUCACCGAUAAGAGGGUCACCACCUCCUGGAAAUCGAGGAGGAGGAGGAGGAG